CCACUGGUGCCCCAUUGAUGGUGAUGGGACUGUGUUCUCUGUCUUUUCUUCUGAAGUCCACCACAAGCUCCUUUGUCUUACUGACGUUGAGGGAGAGGUUGUGCUCCUGACACCAGUGUGUCAGAGUGUGCACCUCCUCUCUGUAGGCUGUUUCAUCAUUGUCAGUGAUCAGACCUACCACCGUCGUGUCAUCAGCAAACUUAAUGAUGGCAUUGGAGUUAUGUGUUGCCACACAGUCAUGUGUGUACAGGGAAUACAGUAGUGGGCUGAGAACACAGCCCUGCGGGGCUCCAGUGUUGAGGGUCAGUGAUGAGGAGAUGUUGCUGCCUAUUCUAACCACCUGGCGUCUGCUUGACAGGAAGUCCAGGAUCCAGCUGCACAGCGAGCUGUUUAAGCCCAGAGCCCGGAGUUUCUCAUCUAGCUUGGAGGGCACUAUGGUGUUGAAUGCUGAGCUGUAGUCUACAAACAGCAUUCUCACAUAAGUGUUCUUUUUUUCCAGGUGGGAGAGAGCAGUGUGUAUUGUAGAUGCAAUGGCAUCAUCAGUGGAGCGGUUGUUACGGUAAGCAAACUGCAGCGGGUCAAGAUUGAGUGGUAAUACAGAGCAGAUGUAAUCUCUGAUUAGUCUCUCAAAACAUUUGCUGAUGAUGGGGGUCAGAGCAACAGGACGCCAGUCAUUUAAACAAGUUAUUUUCGAUUGUUUUGGAACAGGCACAAUGGUGGAUGUUUUAAAGCAUGUGGGGACUACAGACAAAGAGAGGGAGAGGUUGAAAAUGUCCGUAAAAACACCAGCCAGCUGGUUCGCGCACGCUCUGAUGACGCGGCCCGGAAUGCCGUCUGGACCCGCGGCUUUGCGGAUAUUCACCCGUCGGAAUGAUCGGGUUACAUCCGCUACAGAGACGGAGAGUGAACUAACCUCUGUAGCUUCGGCCGUGAGAGCUCUCUCCGCGAGGGCGGUGUUAUUUCCCUCGAAACGAGCAUAAAAAGUAUUUAGCUCAUCUGGGAGAGAGGCAGCGGUGUUCAUGGCGGAGUUUUUAUUCCCUUUAAAGUCCGUGAUGAUGUUAAUUCCCUGCCACAUGCUUCUAGAGUUGGUGGUGUUAAACUGUCCUUCAAUCUUACUCCUGUACUGGCGUUUUGCUGUUUUGAUAGUUUUUCGGAGGGCAUAACUGGCUUGUUUAUGCUCCUCCGCGUUCCCGGAAUUAAAAGCGGAGGUCCGCACAUUAAGUGCUGCGCGAACAUCGCUGUUGAUCCACGGCUUCUGAUUCGGAUAGAUUCGCACAGUUCUGGUCGGAAUCACCUCCUCUACACACGUUCUGAUGAAGCACAUUACGCUAUCAGCGUAAAGCUCGAUGUCGUCAUCAGAGGCGGACCGGAACAUCUCCCAGUCCGUGCGAUCAAAACAGUCUUGUAGCGUAGAGUCUGAUUGGUCCGACCAGCACUGGAUCGAAGAAAAAGAAAAUCAAAGAAAAAUGAUUCAAUAAACCACAUGGGAUUAGUUAAUAGAACGGGAAUUCACAAAGGUUCUGUUCCCUCUGUGGUGCCCGUGUUCCCCGGGACUUUGGACUGCAUUGCUGCAGUACAGGAAUGCAUGUUGAAUCCAGAAUGUAAGAGACAGUUCCGACACCUGGAGUACUGCGUGGAUGAGGAGGCGGUGGUCCCCCUGAGCCCGGAGGCGCGGCAGGCCUGCAUGGAUGCCCAGAACAACCUCAUGCACUAUCGACACCUGCAAGAAUGCAAGUGCCAGCGUGGGUCACGAAUGGAGCAACAAUGCUUGAUCAUUUACUGGACCGUCCGUUUUCCACAGGGUUAUGAUGACAUUGAGACAUCCCCAUAUGAAGACAUUGAACUGGAACUGGUGAGAAACACGGAAACAUCAAAACUGGCUUCAAUAGUUUCAGUGUCCUCACUUCCUCUGACGGAUCAGAACCAGUGUCUCAAAGCAGCUCAGGACUGUGGCUUGUAUGAAAAGUGUGGUUCCCUGCGUUCUGAGUAUGCGUUGGCUUGCACUAAGAUCAUACCGGGCACAAACCAUUGUAACCGCCACAAAUGUCAUCGCGCUUUACGGAGGUUCCUGGAGCGCGUUCCAGAGGAGUACAGCUUUGGUGUCUUGUUUUGCCCAUGCUCGGAUACUUUAUGUGGGGAGAGGAGAAGGAAGACCAUCGUCCCCUCAUGCUCCUAUGAAGAACGAGACGGACAGCCCAACUGCCUCCAUCUGGAGAGCUACUGCCUUAAAGACAACCUGUGCAGGUCGAGAUUGGCUGAUUUCCAGCAGAACUGUCAGCCGUCUUCCCUCUCCCCCUCCGGCUGUCUCCGGGAAAGUGGAGCCGUGUGUCUCAAGGCCUAUGCGGGACUCAUCGGCACCAUCAUGACUCCAAACUACGUGAGUAACAGCAGUACAGAGGUGUCGCAGUGGUGUAAUUGCGAAGGCAGUGGGAACCAAUGGCAAGACUGCCUGCGUAUCCUGCACAUGUUCAACAGCAACACCUGCUUGCGUAAUGCCAUUGAUAGCAUGGGAAGCUCCACUCCUCGUCCAGUGGAGGGCACACCAUUUCCUCCACCUCGUCCCUCCCCCCAGGUCCAGCGCGAUGAGCUGAACAUUAACCUGCUGCCUGAACCCAAUACAGUGGUGGAAAGUGAAGAAGAGGAGGAAGAGGAGGAGGAAGAAGAUGAAACUGGAGGAGGGUUCAAUGUGAUCCUUCCAUUCUCAGAGAAGGCGACAGUGACCAACCUGGGCUCUGAGGCCGGCCGGGUCCACAGCCUGGCCUCCACCCUCUCCACCCCUCACUUCCUGCUCUCAGUUCUGCUGCUGAUUGCCCUCAGCUGGGGGUAGACACCCCCCUUACACACACACACACACACACACACACACACACACACACACACACAGUCUUAACACAUAUACAUGCAAACACACUCUCUACUGAAGUACUCACUCACAUCCAGACUCUAAGACAUAUUAUAGAUGGAUGACAAGAAUGACUAAUGGGAGGGAGGAAGAGAGCAAAACAAGAGGAAAACUGUUUUAUCCCUCUAUAUUUUUCAUCCAUUCUGUUUCUCCUUUUCGGGAAGGGGGUCUGCUAUAGAUAUAUCUGCUUGUAGGGAUCCGAUUUCCGAUUUCGGAAUCCGAUUCCCCAGCUGAAUCAUUUGAAUCACAAAGCUACGACUCCUCGGACUGACUGGUGUUGAUUACAGCCGAUGGUUACUGAGUGAUUUGAUCAUACUUUGUAUCUAUUGUAUAUUGUCAAUGUGCUUCAGAUAUGGAAAGGAAAAGUGAGUUAAACUAGGCAACAUUGCUGUUGAAGACUCACUAUGUGGUUUUCCCUAAACAUGUUCCGCAUCGCAGCUUGCAUUCAGAAACCCGCUCUGUUUGUUGUUGCUGAACUUGUAUGAGAAAAAAAUGUAUGUGUUUUCUUGUAAGUUUGAUUUGCUUGACAUCGCUGCUCGUCGACAUCAGAGAAAAAAAACUUGUCGAGCACUAUUCCUUCAUUUUUCACACCUCUGUGUCUCACAAGCCAGGUCACACACCUAACAUUGCACACACACACACACACGUGCGCCUCUGCCCUGCUGUGGAGCCGAUCGCGCAGAUGCAAGCAUUUUUCAUUUAUUGCUCUAUCUGCGAUGUGCUUUCAUUUUUGACUUAGCACAGACUGUGCACUCUAACCAGGGGCAUAAAUAGAACCUCGAACAGAAAAAACAUGAGUAAUAAAGAAAUAAACAAGCAAAAUAAAGAAAUAUAUCGCCGCACAGCAGGUGUCGAUGUCCGGUCUGGGUUUAGAACCUGAGGGGAAGAAACAGGAAGUCAUUUUCCAGCCGCUUGUCACCCGAUACCUUCUCUCGGUGCCUGUUGUUUUACUUUCACAGAGAUAAUGGCUUACAACACAAACUGUUUAUCUUGUUGUGUGUUCACGGCAAAGAAUUACUUGUGAUGGGAAAGAAAUUGAAAAAGAGAUCUGGGGGCGGGGGGGUUGGAACAGAGACUUAAACCCUCCAGCAAAAAGAAACAUGCAGUCUGGAAUCGCAUGCUUUUUCUGUUUCUUAUAAAUCUUUUGCUGACACUGAUGCUUUUUUCUCAAUCUCGUUUCUUCUCGUUCCUCCCACCCCCUCUCUCCAUUCAUUCUCAUGUACGACUGUUGAAGUAAGAGUUGAAGAUUUUCUUAGGGCACUUUCACACUAGAGCUUUUGGUGUGGCGUAAAUGCUAAAACCUAAAACAAAAAUAAAAACGACGAUUGAAACAACUUUACGGCUCAGAUAAUACACAUUUAACUGAAGAAUUAAUGUAAGUGCUUUUAUAAAGUUAUAAGUUUCACAUGUCUGCCUUUUAAAGAAAUAUUCGGGGUCAAUACAAGUUAAGCUCAAUCGACAGCAUUUGUGACAUAAUGUUGAUUACCACAAAAAUUAAUUUAGAAUCGUCCCUUCUUUUCUUAAAAAAGGUUAUAGUCAGGCAGUUACAAUGGAAGUGAAUGGGGCCAGUUUUUGGAAGGCUUAAAGGCAGAAAUGUGAAGCUUAUUAUUUUAUAAAAUCACAUCCAUUCAUUCUUUAGUUAAAAGUGCUAUAUGUAAGAUUGACAACAAGCGUUUGAAAUGUGUACUGCAGUCCAAAUUCUAAAUAUUGGAGAGUUGUCUGCCCCGUCCCAGACUCGAAGCUCAUGCGGGUUGCCAGAAUGAGGUCAUGCAACAGGAUCCAUUUUAAAGGAUUUCUGGGCUUUAAGCUGUCUCCAUCUUCCAAAGGCAUCUCCAGUAUUUAUCCUUGUUUUUCUACGCCUCUGGUCAUGGUGUUUUUUAAGACGGAUGGCGAGGCUUUUUAGGUCAGGUGGAAUCUGUUAUCUCUGAUCCAGUUCGUUUGCUGGCUCCCAUGGCUGCAGCACGCAGUAUUGUUUGCCUGCAAACUUGUUCAAAUCUGGCAACCCAGCAGUGUCAAAAUACUAUUGGUGAGUGGGCAGUGGGCGGGAUCACACAGGCCAAAACAUAAACAGAAAUUCUGGCCCGGAAUGGAAAUUUCUGGCUGUAGCAUUGUUAUCGGAGAAACCAGUAUUUCAACUUAGCAUGUUUCCUAAUUCUCUAAUGACAUAUUAUGGUCAUUUUAUGAUUUAGUACAUUAAACAAUAUUACUUAUAGCACCUUUAAAACUCAUGUAUUAUUUGAGCUGUACUUUUACAGUCAUUUUAGGGUUUGUUGACAUGACAUCGUCAUGUCAACGAAGUUAUAAAAUUGGCUAUAACAGAAAAGGUUAGUGAGCAAUUUUAUCACACUAAAAUCAUAUUAACACGCAUAUUGUUUAUGUGUCUUGUGGCUAUACUUUUGAAAAUGUAAGUAUUUUAAUGUUCAGAAAUUGGCCCCCAUUCACUUCCAUUGUAAGCGCCUCACUGUAACAUCGAUUUUUGCUUCUUUUUAAAGAAAAUGAGGGACGAGUGGAAAUACAUUUUUGUGGUAAUUUACAUUAUUCCACGAAUGCUGUCGAUUGUGUUUAAAUUGUAUUGAACCCGAAUAUUCCUUUAAGGCCAAAGGAUACUUUGUUUGUUGCACAGUGUGUGUGACAUACAUUUUUAUCAUCUGUAUACAUCCCAAUUUUUGUAGUCACGUGGACUGUCUUAGUCUGUACGUGUUAUCUGUGUGUGAAACUGGAGUUGACUGUACUAAAGAGUAUCACAAAGCAGUCGUAGUCCCCGUGUGUCGAGCACAUCCAUAUGGGCUCAGGAUUAAAAGAAUAUAUUUUGAAAGGCCAGAACGCUCGGCCGUGUUUUAGACGUAACUGCACGUGGAAAAAUGAAUUACACCCUUGCCUUUAGAGUGUGUGGGCCAUUCGAGACAUUCGCCUCCCUCCUCCUCUGCAGAAGAAAUUAAAGCUUAGCUAAAGUGCUCAUAUCUCAUCUCGCAUUCACAUGGAGCACCUUAGAUUACACCGACACGACUUAACAAUCAGAUUGUGAACUGAUCUAUUAUGCUGAGGAACGUAGAGGGGAAUGCUCUGGUUGAACAGACGUUGUGCUCUUCAACGUCUUCUCCUCCGUGGCAAGGUCAGCGAGGCACGCAGCACACCCGUUCAAUCAGUAGGUUUAAUUAAGAGAAGAAACGCGCACGCCUCUGGACUGAUGCGCCUGUCGAAAUAGCGGGCAGCCUUUAUGAUAGCUGUUGUUAUUUUUUAAUUGUAAUCAGGGGCCAUUGUCGUCCGCCCAGCCGUAACAGAGGGAGGCUGAGAAUGAGUGACAACGGAGGAGGAAAAGGACGGCAUGGGUGUCAGUGAUUCACAUUAAAAUAUUUCAGGAAAAAAUAAACAAAUAAGCCAUGCGUUAAAUAAAUGCACAUUGCAGGAAAGUUUGGGGAGGAAAAGACAAAGUGUUAGGAUAAGACAGAAUCUAGUGAAACCUAGUGAGCUGCCUACUUAGACAGCAUUUUAUGGCCACAUCUAAACAAAAUCUGUUUUCAUUUGAGAACUCUGUUUGCAGUUUUCUUACGGCAUCGUUUUCCAAAGUAUGCAGUAAUGGAGAGUGUUUUUGAAUGAUGCUUCGUUUUUGGAGGAUAACAUUGUUCCAAUGUGGAAGAGAGGCGUAAACAUAGAUCAAUGCCUUUUCAAAAAAGUACCUUCUCACAGCAAAAUUCUGCAGGCAAAGAUGUUGAUCGCUUGUGAAACCAGCAAAAAUAUAAUUAUCAAGCAGCCUGUUUUAAUACUGCACUUUAUACUCCGUGAGACUUAAAUUAAAAAGAAACUCACUGCUAAAAUUAUAUCCUUGUCCAUUGUGAAAAUUCAGUGUAGCUGUAUACGAAACACCGCCCACACAGAGGUCACCGCCUAUUGGUCAUCCCGGCGAUUUCGCCUGUUAAAGUUCGCCAAACUUGAACUCAAGGCGAAAUCAGCGCAAGGGAAUUCUUCACCACUGGAAUUCAAUAGCGCAAAAUUCAUGAUUCCCAUUGAGAUGACUGUAUUUCACCUGCGGAAUUUUGCUGUACGCAAUCGCACCUUUAGUGUAUGUGUAGCAUACAGUAUGACAUCGUAGCCUAAGAUGGAAGACUAAGUGAAAGAAAUGCUAAAAGUAUUGCUAAAAGUAAAUCGAUAAAAUGUUGAUAAAAUCCUUCAUAAAAGCAUUCUAAGCCAUGAACCAAACCAACCAGCUUCGAGGUGAAUCACAACAUUACAAGCUUUGAUUUGAACCAAAAAAUUAUUUAAAAAUCGGACAAAAAGACAAAAGUACAAGACUGUGUACUGUGUACUUAACAUCUGUCAUGAGGGAAUGAACAACAUUCCCAUGAAGUAUUGCUAAUGAUGUAAUUGAAUUAAAAACAUAUAAAUAUUGAUUUCAAGUUUUUUAUUAUAAGUAUAGAAACAAUAUAUUUAAAUCUUAUUGCAAAAUAUUCAGAUAUUUACUAAUAUAUACUGUAAGUAGUUUGAGAGAAUAGGAAGACCAACUCGAUUGUGUCAUUUACUGUACAACAUGCAAAUGAUUCUCUGAUUGGUAGGUCUCUCUUCAGGAUUAUGGGUAAUGUAGUUCUUCACCACAAAUUCCACUGUUAAACAUAAUUUUUAAAAAAAGUUAAAAUAAAGCGCACUAAUGGCUUCAACAGAAGCAUAUACUAUAGAUUAACAACCUCGGAGCUUACUCUAAGUCUGUCUUUAAAGGUUUAUAAGUUAUUAUAAAAACAUAUUUGCCUAUGGAAACAUUUAUUGGAUUUUUACUUCCAGAACCACACUGUUGUGCAUUAUUUUAAUCAGUUGUGAAUUGAACGUUAUUUAUAUGGUAUGCAAAGUUGCUGCAUAUGUACUAGAGCAAUGUACGUAGAUCAAUUAUUUUAUUUCAGUAAGGAUGCUGCCUUGGAAGGCAGUUGCCUAUGUAGGCAGCAGACAACAAGGUAGCUCACUGGGUUUUGGAACAGAUUUAGAGGCCCACACUAAAUUAGCCAUAGCAAUUUUCAUUGUUUAUGUUUAUUUGCAUGUGCAGCAUUACAACCACGGUUUGGCACACAUACAGAUUUGCUUAAUAUAAAUCUACCAUUUCCUCCUCGCCCAUCUGUGCCUGUGUGUACACAGGAGAACCUCGCCACGGCAAAUCGUAUGCGCCGAGCGCUAGAUUGCAGGGAGCAAGAGAACAGAAAAGAGAUAAACACACAAUAAGGGAUAAAGGGAUGGAGAAAGUGGAGAAGAGAGCGAGAGUAUGGGUUAGAGAAAAAAGCACCACAGUGAGAGAGCUGGUAGCGUGAUGGAGAGAGAGAGGGGGAUUGCAUGAGGGCAAAACGCAGGAACGAGAGAUAGUGAGGGAGAGAGAGAGAGAGAAUAGUUUACCCUGUAGGCUCAUAGCUUUAUUAUUAUAGUAUGCGAUCACUGAUUUAUUUGGCGGCUGCAGGCACCCGUACUGAAACUCAUUUCAAUGGUACUGAUGUUGACUCUCUCUCUCUCUCUCUCUCUCUCUCUCUCUCUCUCUCUCUCUCUCUCUCUCUCUCUCUCUCUCUCUCUCUCCUUUGGCUCUGCAUUUGUGAGUGCACUGGACUGUGUGUCACUGUUUUUCACCCCACAA